UUCACGAGUAAUUAGCGCGCGCGGGUCAGAGGUGCGACACAGCAUGCCUCCACUGGAGAAAACCCAGCGUCCCAAACCUUUCAAACAGAGGAAGAGUUUAGAUUACGUAUCAGCAACGAGGAAACAAGAGGUGGUGGGAAUCCGAACGAAGUUUCCGACUAAGAUCCCGGUGAUAAUCGAGAGAUAUCAGAGAGAGAAGCACCUGCCGCCGCUGGAUAAGACCAAGUUCCUCGUGCCUCAGGAGCUCACCAUGAGUCAGUUCGUGAGCAUCAUCAGGUCUGUCUUCUGGAGCUGA